AUGGCCGCCGCUAAGAAGCACGUCGCGAUCGUCAAGAAGCACACCAAGCGCUUCAACCGCCACCAGUCGGACCGCUUUAUGCGCGUUGACCCCUCAUGGCGCAAGCCUAAGGGUAUCGACAACCGCGUCCGCAGGCGGUUCAAGGGCCAGGCUGCUAUGCCCAAGAUCGGUUACGGAUCCAACCGCAAGACCCGCCACCUGAUGCCCUCCGGCCACAAGGCUUUCGUCGUCAGCAACGUUAACGAUGUCGACCUCCUUCUCAUGCACAACACCACCUUCGCCGCCGAGAUUGCCCACGCCGUUUCCGCACGCAAGCGCAUCGACAUCAUCGCCCGCGCAAAGCAGAUCGGUGUCAAGGUUACCAACGACAAGGCCCGCGUCAAGACCGAGUCGUAG